CAUGUACAUGCUCGUCUCCAGACAGCCAUUGAACCCCGCGAACAUGGUCUCGCCUCUCCGUUUUGCACGCUCGGGGGCGGCAUUGGCGCACCAGAUACCCCAGAAGACGCGCGCCUCCACCCUUCCCGUCGUUUGUCGACGAUACCUCAACGAAGAUGUCAGGAUCACCAGGACCGGGAAACCCAUUCUGACUGUGGCAGGCGGCCGAUCUUCUCUCGGAGGCUAUACCGCAACCGUGUUUGGAGCUACGGGCUUCUUGGGACGAUACAUUGUGAACAGGCUAGCUCGGUCGGGAUGCACCGUUAUCGUACCCUUCCGCGAGGAGAUGGCGAAGCGCCACUUGAAAGUCGCUGGUGAUUUGGGCAGGGUCGUCUUUCUGGAAAUGGACCUUCGCAACACCGCUUCCAUCGAAGAAAGCGUGCGACACUCCGACAUCGUAUAUAACUUGAUCGGCCGCGACUAUCCCACCAAGAACUUCUCCCUCGAAGAUGUGCAUGUGGCAGGAACUGAGCGCAUCGUUGAGGCUGUAGCCAAGUACGAUGUUGAUCGUUUCGUCCAUGUUUCUUCCCACAGCGUCGACAAGGACUCUCCCUCCGAAUUUUACCGGACUAAGGCCCUGGGCGAGGAGGUCGCUCGUAGCAUUUACCCAGAAACCACUAUUGUCCGUCCCGGACCUAUGUUUGGUUUCGAGGAUCGUCUACUUAACCGCCUUGCAAGCCCCUCCAAUCUCAUCACCUCCAACUGGAUGCAAGAAAAGCUCUGGCCUGUGCAUGCUGUCGACGUCGGUAUGGCUCUAGAGAAGAUGAUCCAUGACGACACCACUGCUGCUGAGACGUAUGAACUUUACGGUCCCAAGGGCUACACCAUGGCCGAGAUCAACGAACUUGUGGGCAAAGAAGCAUUCCACAAACGCCGCCAUAUCAAUAUCCCUAAGAGGCUAAUGAAGCCCAUCGCUCACUACAUGAACAAGUACAUCUGGUGGCCUGUCGGCUCGGCUGAUGAAGUAGAAAGAGAAUUCAUCGACCACACCGUGGAUCCCAACGCAAAGACUCUUGAGGACCUAGACAUCACACCCGUGACAUUGGAGUCGAUGACUUUCGAGUAUCUGAAAUCAUACCGUAGUUACCAGUACUACGAUCUGCCUCCCAUGACGGAGCGCGAGAAGAGGGAGGAGAAGAAGUAUUUGCACGUCAUUGAUGACCAGUAG